GGGGGGUGAAAAUGCACAAGAGGCACAUCAGUUCUUUUGCACAAAGAACAAAAAGCAUUGUGUUCGUGGACGAGGGCUGCUGAGCUCAACCUCGGGACGAGGGCACUGAGAAACCAGGCAGAAUUCAGCUGCUGGUGGGUCUGAGCCGCCAAUCCUCUCGCUGUCUGCCUCUCACCGGCGAGGAGCGAGCCCCGCUGGGAGUGGUUUACAGGGGGAGCAGUUGAUUAUCGGGAUUUGCGGGAGCUUUAUGUGUGGGAAUAUGCUGCUGGAGAGGACUCGAUAGGGCUGUUUCCAGUGUGCCUCGCGGUGGUUGGAGUCUCUUCUGGUCCGCUGCCCGCGGCUCUGUUUGGGCUAUGGUCCUGACUGAGAACCAGGGCAUCAGCCAGAUGCAGGGCACAGACUGUAUGGGAGGCUAAGAGCCCGCAGCCGUCAGCAUGGGAGCCAAACAGAUGAAAUGUUUAAGCUCGGCCAGCCCAGCUCACUCCCCCAAAGAAGAGUAUAUCAUUACCCAGUCCACUAUCACCCUGAAAGAGACGUCUGAAGACCAGAGCGAAACCAAGGAGGAGAAAUCAGAGUUGGCAGAGAAGAAAUCUGAUACAGAAGAAGUACCUCUAUGUGGCUUGUGUCCUACCCUGGGGCAUGAUGGUGGGCUGGAGGAGGAGAAAUCAUGGGAGGAACAGUUGGACACCCACCAGGAGCAGCUGGAGAAAGAGAUGCAAGAGGCCAGGAGAAUGGUGUUUCGCCUACAGGCUUUGCUGCUCCAUGGCUCUCUCCCGGAGGAGGACCAGGAUGGAUCCGUGAGUUUCGGGGAUAGCCGGACGAACGCGGAGCAGCAGCUGGUUUUAAUUCGCAGUCGCCUGGACCAAAGCAUGGAAGAGGCCCUUGAUCUGAAGAGGGAACUCCUUAGACACAAGCAGGAGACGCGCCACAUCCAAGCAGUCAAGGAUGCUCUGCAGCAGCGCAUGGCAGUACAGGAGGACGCUGUGCUGCAACUAAAGCAGGAACUACUGAGGUGUAGCAUGGCCAGAGAUCAGCUGGAAGGGGAAAAUGCGGAGCUCAACUGCAAGUUGAGCGAGCUGAACAAAUUACUCAGCGAAUACGAGCAGCAGCUCGGGAAGAAGGACAGGCUCUUACAGCAACAGCAACAGAAGCUCGACGAAAAUCAGCUCAAAGGACACGAAGUCGGCCGUGGACGGUCGUUUAGGAAUGAAAACAGCGGCUACAACAACUCGGUGGCGUCGACGCCUCCUCUGGCAUUCCAGCACAAUGCACCGGGGGAGGAGCUGCAGCUAGUGAGGGAGGCGCUGCGUAGUUUGAGGGACAGUUUCUCCGGGCACGACCCUCAGCAUCACACGCUGGACACCCUGGAGCAGGGGGUGGCCAGCCUCAUGGACCGCCUACACACCCUGGACACCCAGCGCAGGCAGGACCGAGGGGAGGAAUUCAAAUCACCGGGGCGCAGAGCCAAUCCGACUGACCGAGACUCCUGGCCACCGAGCUCAAAGAUAGCGCACUCUCACAGUAGCCCGGGGCUGGACUCCACCGUCGCCACUAAAGUGCUCUAUUUCACUGACCGCUCACUCACACCAUUUCUGAUUAACAUCCCAAAGAGGUUGGGCGAGGUGACACUACGUGACUUCAAGGCGGCUGUGGACAGACAAGGCAGUUUCAGAUACCACUUUAAAGCCCUUGACCCGGAGUUUGGCACAGUGAAAGAGGAGGUCUUCCAGGACGGAGCGGUCGUGCCGGGCUGGGAGGGAAAGAUCGUGGCGUGGGUGGAGGAGGACCACGGCGAGAGGAGGUAGAGCUGGCAGAGACGGAGAUCACCACUACAAACCUCAACCGAUGGACACUGGACAAGGAUUCGAUGCAUUAGAAGGUCCCGCGACUCUACAGCAGCAGAUACACAAAGCGAACCGGGACCAACGGAUCUAACACCAUCCCAAUGCAAAGCUGUGGGUUUGAAUUUUAAGGUUUCAUAUUAACGGUUUGACGUGACGUUUUGGUAACACUUUACAAAAGGAAGAACAUAUUCGCCGCCUUGUUUGCAUGUUACUGUGCAAAUAACUUCCCAAAGACAGCUAAAGGCAGUGUGGGACAGCUCCUUACGCGAGACUAAAGGAAUUACUGAACAAGAACUACAGAAGUGGUUUACAGUCGAGGCUCAGCGUUUUCGGUUUUUUUUACCCAGCUUUUUUUUAAACGGAGCGGAUCGGUUUAAACGGACUUUCACCCGGAUUUUAUGUUUCCACAGAUACAGAAGUUGUUCCUGUUCGUGUGAGGUUGCGUAACAGUGCCCUCUUGUGGCGAAAUUCGGCGUGCCGGAUGGCUUUGAAAACUGAAAACCGAAAACGCUUGAGCCUUGUUUACAGUUAACCAGAACACCUGCAAAAUGUGCGAUCAUAAUCUAUAACUUGUGCCGAGUAUCUAAUCCUUGACAUAAAGUGUUACUGAUAUUUUUCAUGCGACUUAGCAAUUGCCAAACAUUGAUAUUGUUGUACUGUGUGACUUUUGACGGUUUAAUAAACAUGAA